CGCAGACCAAUGAAGCGCCGUCUCUGUUUAAAUAGUCCUUGAUGUCAACUUUCCUCCUUCACUCAUAGCACCCUCUAACGCCAUGUUGGCUGUUAUGACUUGACUUGUUGUUUUCAUCAGCCUUACUACGGACCUGACAGGAGUGGCUUUCUUAAACGCCCCUGCGCCCUUGGAGACGCUUUAAUUCCUUCUUUUUUUUUUUUUUUUUUUUUUUUUUUUUUUUUUUUUGGCUGGUUGUUGUUGUGCGUACGCGUUUUGGAUGAUACGCGCGGAGUUAUGCACGCAUCAUCCCCGUGACUUUGCAUUUGAAAGGAUUACUACUUGGAAACAGAAGUUGUGUGUUUUUGUUUCUGUGUCAUAUGUGCAACAAAAUGUCAGAUGUUCGCCUUUCUAAUGCGAGCCCGACAGUGGAGAGGGUGGACGCGCGGCUGCCGGACAACGUCAGAGCUUCGGUCAGCAGAAAUCUUUUCGGCCGACCUGACCCUGAGGAGAUACGGAGGUAUGUGGAUGCGUCGAUACAGGAAGAUGUGCAGCGUUUCACGGAGAUGUAUAACUACGACCCGGUGAGCGACAGACCGCUCUCUCCGCGGAGAUACGAGUGGCAGGAGGACAGCGACGCGCCGGAGUUUUACCACAGGGCGCCUCACGGGAGCCAGCCGCCACAGGAUAUCGAGGAGAGGAGUGAGCGGCGGCCGGAGCGAGCACGCAGAGACGGUGGGAGGAAGAGGCGUUCAGGGGACUCAGGUCCCUGCUCCGGCGAGUGUCAGAGUAAAAGGUCGCAUACCGACAAAGAUGAUGAUGAAGACCAGUCGGACGGUGCAGGAAGUCAGGCGGUGCAAGCCGCGGAGGAGAGACCCAGCAGGCCAGAGGGGAACGAGGUCCAGUGAAACCAGUGCCAAAGCUGGGAGACCUGUUGCUGGUGGUAUACUGUAGCCUUUCUCAUCAUCUGACAGGUGGGAGAGAGAAAAAUCUAAAAGCAGCCUCAUUCUACAGAAGGGAGGAGGAAAGGCUGCACAAGCACUGAAUAUGUACACUAUCAAGUUUUGGCACUCAUUUCAUUUAAAAAAAAAAAAUUGCCUCAGAAGCAGCAGACAAUGUAGCAGUGUGCAAAUGGAUUUUUGCUCAUAUUUUUUUUAUCUACUACCUAUGUUUCAGAUGUAGCACAUAAAACAAAAGCAUACUAUGCUUUUCAUACCUUUCUUUUUGUUAAAUGUUAUUUGAAUAAUUGUGUGAAUUUGACUCGGGAAGUUGCAGUGCAAUUUCCAGCAGAGAAAUAUUGUUUUGUUUUAAAGUGGUCAUUUGUUGUAUCAUUAUUCAGGUAAUUGAUGUAAGUUAAAAAAAAAAAAUGCAGAUUUCAAAAAAAGUCAGGGUUGUGUGGAAACAAAAAUGUCUUCACCUUUUUUUAAUGGCUUUAUUUGUCCCAGUGUUAUAUAUAUCUUGUUUUUUUUUGAAGGCCCAGAUGGCCACACUGUAAGUUGGUCCAUCUAACUGGGAACAGCCAUGACAGGAUAAAGUUUACAUGCAAAUAUUGUCUCCUUAUUCCCCCCAUUUUUCUUUCUUUUUCCUCUCCCCUUUUAUCUUUUUUUUCUUUUUUCUUUUUUUGCCAAAGUUUGUGCCUUUUGUUCUGGGGGUGAGGGGUGGGGUGGGGUGGGAGGGUGGCAAAACUGCUGAGCAAUAUCCAACCAAAUUUUUAACAGUAUUUGCUAAUAAUCCUAAGAAUUAGCUUUUUAUUUUUUAAAUUAGGUGCAUAUUUUUUUUUAGUGGCUUUCCGGCCACACAAUCCGCCCCUUGUAAUAAGUGGUGUAGUCCAGGUUAACAUAGAUGUAAAAUAUGUUAAAAAAAAAAAUCACUGGGCUGCUUAUUAUGCAAAUAUGUGAAUCAAAGAUUUGUCUUUGUGGUGUGGAAUUCAUGUGGAACAUGUAAUUGCACUAUUGUUAAUUACUCUUUUUUUUUUUUUUUUUUUUUGUAGGGCAGAAAAACAAAGUGACACUGCCUCACUUGGUGUAAAACUUUGAAGUGUACCUGUGUGCCUUUUUUUUUUUUCUAAAACACUGAAAAAAUUAUACUAACUUAUUUAUGUUGUGCUUUUUUUGUUGUGGGUGUAUGUACAGCUUCCCAAAGCAACAUUUUUGUAAAUAUAUAUUUUCAUUAUUGUUUUUAAGAUAAAUAAACUGUUGCAAAACUGAGCCUAAUAAUCGAUUUUA